UCGACCAAUAGAAAGACACGACACAUCGGUAAACAAGCGCCAUUUUAAAAAAAACCAAAACAUGUUGUAGUCGCCAUGAAUCGUCUCCAAAGAUCUCAUCAACCUACUGUAAGCAGUGUCUUAGAUCGUAUCAGUAACACUUUAAGAGGUAUUAAAAGACAAUAUUCUGCCAACACAUUGGAACCUGAAGCUGCACAUAGACAAGUAGAUGAGGUACUUCGCAACUUAACAAGAUUGGAAGGCAGUGAUUCUCUACCAGAUGCAGACUUAAAGAGAGCUAUCAGAUCAGUUAAAGAAUUUAAAGAAAUUUUACCACACCAAAAGGAAACAUCCGAAGAACCAGAGCUAAACAGAUAUGGCCAAACCAUACCAAACCAGUUUGGUAAAGGUAGAAACCAGCUAGACAUUGACAUGACAAAGUUUCAACAGCUUCUACAACUUGGGUUUACUCAGUGUUCUCCCCAGGCCCUUAAAGGACCACGGUCCCGCGAUGUAUAA